AUGGUAGAUAAGAAGAAGAAGAGGUCCUUCAGUGAGACAGGUAUAUUCAAGCUGUUCAAAUCAAAGUCCCGGUCGAAAUCGUCGAAGUCUAAAUCAAAUUUGAAGGGCAAAAAUGGGCAUUCGUCACAAAGAAACUCUAGAAGCAAGCAUAAAGAGCGAACGUUAUCAAGGCCUUCAGUCUCUGAUCGGAAGAGGUUAGAAACAGAAUCUGGUGAUAGAACGGUUAGUGAGAGUCACUUGCUGUCUUCUAAGCUUCGAAAACUCGGAAACCAUAAUCAUAACCACAUCCACAAUAAUGGUAAUAUAGAGUACCCAGAGAUACGAUCUAUACGAAGUGGCGGCUCAAGAAGUUUCAAUGACCGUUAUAAUGACUAUAAUGACUAUGAUGAUGAUGACGAUGAUGAUGAUAAUAACGACAAUGGUAAUCGAGACGGUCUUGAUAAUGGGCAUACAGAUACAAUGUCUGAUGCUACCGAAGAUGGUAUAGACAUUUCAUUCAAACCCAGAAGAUCAUUGCAAAAUUCAACUGCAGGAUUGAACAGGAUUAAUACUUUACAAGGAUACUUUAAUAUUCCAGUUACUAUAGACUCGCAUCAUACAAAUUCACAUAACAAUAAUUCGGGUACUCGAACUAACCCAAUCUCUCGAAAGACAUCGGAAUUUUUUAAUUCCAAAAAUCCAUCCAAAACUGGGACACAAUCUAAUCUUCAGGAAACUAACCAUACGCAAGGUAUUUUGGAUACAAUAGUAUCCUUUGCUCAAAAUGCAGUAGGUAGAGUGCCUAAAAUAGUAGUAAAUGAUCCUUCUGCCGAAGAGAUAGUUGAUUCUGGUGACAAGGAUAAAACCACCGCAACAAACACACUCAAGGCUAAUAUUCCUGGAAUAACUUCGAAUAUUUCAUCUCUGUCAUCUGUUACCACUAAUAGAAAUGGAACUUCAACUUCAGGUAGAAUACCGUUAAAAACAGAAGAUGAUUUGUUAAAUGGCGGUGAGCAGCACAACGACACUGUUCUCCACUCGCCGUUAAAUGAAGAAAAUAGGAGUUCGUCAUUUCUGAAGCACCUUGACUAUUUAUUAUCACCCAGAACUAGUGAUCCACUCAAAGAAAAGUCAACGCCUUUAGCUGACCUAGCUGUUGAUAAUAAAUCGGAAAAUUCGGUACCGAAACAUGACGCCAAACUUCCCGUAGCAAACAAGGAACAGCAGAGAUAUUCUUAUAACACUGUUGAGGAGGAGAACAAAACUAUGAACUCACAAGGUACUAAUUAUACAGACAAGGGUCUAGAUCCCACUAAAAUAAAGUUUCAAUCGCAUGUAGGUAAUCAUGAGCCUGCGAUAGCUACCUUUGGAAGAGGUAACUUGACAUUAGAUGUCCUGAUCGAUCAUUCCAAUUCUGAUGAGACUAUUGAUAACAGUGAAAGCAGGGUUUCGUUUAAAAACAACAAUCCAAAUCAUCCUGGUAUGCCUAUAUUCAACGAAAACUAUCGAAACAGUAGCUAUAUUGAUGUCCAAAGGCAUUUGGGUUUGAAUAAAGGCAAUGAGAUAGGAAGAGGAAGAAGCAGAACACUGCCUACCAAUGAUGCAUCAGCUGUUCUUGACCAAAAAAUUGAAGGUGAUAGCAAGAGAAAUUCCAGAAUUACGACAUUGUCUAAUGAUGAAAUUGUCGGUGAUAAUGAUAGGAAGCCGCGUUCUUUGUCAAGGAAAUUUUUGAAUCGUAGAUCUUUUUCCCCUAGUAUUGGAAGUAAAGUAUUACCAUCGAUGGCCUUUCGUAAUUCAAUGAACAAGACACGCAACAGUAACGAUAAAAUGGACACAUCGAAACCUAGGUCUAGUGGUGUCUUUUCUGCAACUGUUAACUCAACUCAAGAUACAGAGUACACUAAACCAUUCUCCCUUGUCGGAAUUGAAUAUUCAAGUGAAAAGAAAAAUAUUGAAUUCCACAAUAUUUUUAAGGAUGCAGGUGUAACUCCUCAAGAAAGGCUGAUAUUGGACCAUAGUUGUGCACUUUCUCGUGAUAUCCUAUUGCAAGGAAGAAUGUAUAUUUCUGACCAACAUAUUGGUUUCAAUUCUAAUAUUUUGGGUUUUGUUAGUACAGUUUUCAUCCCUUUUAAGGAGAUAGUUCAAAUUGAGAAGAAAACCACAGCAGGAAUCUUUCCCAAUGGUAUUGUUAUUGACACGUUGCAUUCCAAGUACAUUUUUGCAUCGUUCAUAUCUAGAGAUGCUACGUUUAAUUUGAUUACAGAUGUUUGGAAUCAAAUAAUUCUUGGUAGAAGAUACUCUGAUGAUACAGAUCAAAGUGAUUACAGUUCUAGAUUAAAUGAUCUGAGUGAUUCGAAUAGUUUAUAUAACCAGUUAAAGGAUAUUGAUGACGAUGGCGGUGACGACGCAGCGUUGUCUGAUAUUGACAGUACUGAUAUGACGUCUAGUGAAGAAGUGGAAGACAUUAUUGGGUCUGGAAUUGGUAUAAAGAAAACUAAAGGACAAAUUAAAAGUUUAUCCUUAGGACCAUCUCAACAUGAACCUACGUCUAGUGGCUACAAACCUACUAAUAAUGAAAAACUUGUUACUGAGUUUCUUGUUGAAGCACCAUUGGGCACGGUUGUCAAUCUAUUAUAUGGAGAAAAUACCAAGUAUAUCACUGAUAUUUUAGCUUCCAUGAAAAGCACUGACAUAUCACCUAUUCCAAAGUUAUUGGGUACGUCUAGCAGAAAAUUCAAUUAUGUGAAGCCUUUACCAGGGAAUAUUGGUCCUAGUAAAACAAAAUGUUUUAUAACUGAGACGUUGGAUCAUUACGAUCUGGAAAAAUAUGUUAAAGUUUCGCAAGUUUCUGAUACGCCUGAUGUACCAUCUGGAAAUGUCUUUUCUGCUAGAUCAGUAUUCCUGUUUACUUGGGAUAAGGAUAAUAAUACAAAAGUCGUCGUCUAUGGCUGUGUUGAUUGGAAAGGAAAGAGUUGGUUGAAGAGUUUUAUUGAAAAAGGUACUAUGGAUGGGAUUCUAGAAGUUGCUAAAACAACACAUCAUGAAAUAAAGACUAUACUAAACAACCAAUCGUCCUCAGAACAAUCUGUUGAGGAUAACGGUGAUAGCGCAGAAGAGGUUAUUGAAGAAUCAAAUCUACCGAAAAUGGGUCCUUUGUCUCAUCAACCAACAGAACCUCCUUUUAGUAAGGAAUCCGAAGACACCGUUAUUGAAGAAAAUGUUAAUUUUCAGGCCCCAUUGGGAACUAUAUUUCAAAUUUUAUUUGGGGAUGACACUUCAUAUAUAAAGAAAAUGAUUGAAAAGCAGAACAACUUCAAUUUAUCUGAGAUUCCACCUUUUAAUAAUAAAAUGCGUGAAUUCACAUAUACCAAAAGACUAGCAAAUUCGUUCGGACCAAAACAAACGAGAUGUUUCAUUACCGAGAAAAUAGAGCAUAUGGAUUUGAACAGUUAUAUAUUGGUAAGGCAAAUUGUGAAAUCACCUGACGUUCCUUCAGGGAAUAAUUUUGCUGUUCAUACAAGAACAUAUCUGACUUGGGGGAAUGAUAAUAGUACCAAUAUGUUGGUGGUAACCAAUGUUGAAUGGUCAGGCAAAUCAUUGCUGAAAGGCACAAUUGAAAAAGGUUCGAUUGAAGGACAGAGGGUGACCACAAAGCAAGUAAUUGAAGAAUUGAGAGAUAUAAUCGCUAAUGCUGGCUCUAGUAGGAAAAAGCUUAAGAAGAGAUCAAAAACUAUUACUUCUUUGAAGAAAGUUACUAGUCAACCUCUAGAAAAGAAGCCAGAUACGGUUGCACAAAAUAUGGACAGUUCAGCUAAUUUAUUGGACCAGUUUGUGUCAUUUGUUAUGGAACUGGACUUUACAUCCUUAAAGGGGAUUGGUUUUAUCAUUAUAACAGUUUUUCUAUUUUUCCUGCUGUUGAGAGGUUUAUUCUUCUCAAACGCAAAGUCUGCUACUAAAAUUAUAAGACCAGGAGUAAUAAUAAUUGAUGGAGAAGAAUAUAGCUAUGUUCCAAACUCUAAAACUAUAUACAACGCAUAUGAAAAGAAAAUUGGGAAAUUUGACUAUUCCUUCAAGUCGGAUGAUAACAAUCCGGUGAUGGAAUCGGAAUUUUUAAUUUGGGAUUGGCUUGAUGAUAGGACCAAUGGUAAUUCAAACAAUUUAUCGUUCCGUAAACAGUAUAAGAGAGGUUUUAAACCUGUCAAGACACAUAAACUUCAGCAACUUAAGGAAUCUAUCAAAAUAGCCGAAAAUGAACUUAAUGAAAUGAAAAGAUUGCUAAAUGAGGAAGAAGAACUUCUACUUUAA